AUGUGGACUUUAAUGGGUCUGAUCUCCCGAAGCGCAGAGCAACUCGGUAUGCACCGCGACGGCACGGUACUAGGUCUUUCGCCCAUCGAAACAGAAGAACGUCGUCGAGUCUGGUGGCAGCUUCAACAUCUAGAUCUUAUUCUUUCACUGAAAAAUAACGUUACUCCAUUGUCAUUUGGAACCGGCUGGGACGUCAAGCUUCCUCUCAACAUUGAAGACGACGACAUCGAUCCAAGUUCGACAACACCGCCAAAAGAACGAACUGGUCUCACGAGUUUCUCGUAUGCGCUGUUUACAUACUGGAAAAUGGAGAGGCAGCGCAAGUUUCGAAUGACGACAGCAAGCCAAGCCACAGCGAUUGAUACAUCUCUCCUCGGCUGUUUGGCUGACUCCGUCAUUGACGACCUUGAGGCUGGCCUCAACGAAAACUUUCUGCAGUAUUGUGAUCCAAUCAACCCGUUGCACACGAUACUACAGAUCUCUGCACGGGCUGUUGUCAACGUCUUACGGCUGAGAAAGCUGCAUGAGGCUCCCUGGACGCUACUCUCUCAGCUCUACGCUGUAGCAGAUCAUAUAUCUGAUCUUGAAGACGACAGGAGAAAGUCACAUGCUGCGAGAUCAGUAGUUGCAACAUGGUAUGAGUGCAGCCAGAAACCAGGUCUGGCUGGUAUGCAGAAGCCAGGGUUUGUAUCGAAGCUUGAGAAGGACUUGGCAGACUUGGAAAAUAAGAUGAAUGAAGACAAUGGAGGCCAAAUCAGUGUCGUACAGGAGGUCUGGCAAACCCAACCUGUAGAGACCGAACUACAGCCGUUUGGGUUUGAGUUCACGGACAUUGACUGGGCGUUUUGGGACAGUAUUAAUUAG